CUGGAUUCUUGCUGUGUUUGCAACAACAAGACGUGUCGGAGGAAUAUGUGGUGUUAUGCUUUAUUUAUUCAACAUCAAUACACACGCCGAGUGUUCUACAGUAACUGUUCUUCUGGUUUGUCGGUUGGUGCCAGGCCCUGCGGGGGUGAAGAGGAGGAGUCAUGGGGGCAGGAAGACAGGUCAAACUCCUGUUGUGGAAGAACUGGACCGUACGCAGGAGGCAGAGGUUACGUUUGUUCAUGGAGCUCAUGUGGCCUGUGGUGCUCUUCAUGGGACUAGUGUGGCUGAGAAGAGUGAAUCCGCUUUACCGUCAGCAUGAAUGUCACUUCCCCAACAAGGCCAUGCCCUCUGCAGGGAUCCUGCCGUGGAUCCAGGGAAUCUUCUGCAAUGCCAAUAAUCCUUGUUUUCAGUACCCCACACGCAGCGAAUCUCCAGGCGUGGUGUCCAACUACAACAACUCAAUAUUGGCUCAGUUCUACUCUGAUGCUCAAGAGCUUCUGUUUAGUGACCCAAACUUUCUGCAGCUUGGUCGACACUGGAAUGAACUGAACGCCAUGAGUGACUUCAUGAACUCCCUGCGCACACACCCUGAACAUUUCUCAGGUCGAGGGAUAAAGGUGGAGUCGAUCCUGAAGGACGAUGAGCUGCUGACAGCUUUCCUGCUCAGAGACAUUCCUCUGACAGCACCUGUGGUCAACCAGCUGGUCAAUGCACAAAUAAGACCUGAGCAGUUUGCCUUUGGCGUCCCAGACCUGCAUCUGAAGGAAGUCGCCUGCAGCCUGACCCUGCUGGAGCGAUUCCUCAUCUUCCCGAGCCGCAGAGGACUCUACGCCGUCCGCAACGCCAUGUGCAUCCUCCCUGCACAGCGGCUGCAGAUCAUCGAGGACAAGUUCUACGCCAAUGUCGAUUUCUUCAAGCUCAUCCGGCUGCUUCCUCUUGAGCUGGACAAACACUCUGAAGGCAUCGACAUCCGCUCGUGGGUCCAGGUCGUGUCCGGGGCCUCAGACAAACUGAGAGAGUUGUACCAGAGGAACAGCUCCAAGGAGCUCCUGCAGGCGGUGACUCCUCUCCUGCAGAACAAUCUGUCCUUCAGGCGGGUGAUGGGCGCCGCCUCCAGCCUCGUCUGUGGUUACUCUGAGGGCGCUUUCUCCAGAGUCGCGUCCUUUAACUGGUACGAGGACAAUAACUACAAAGCCUUCCUGGGAAUCAGCAGCGCGAGGACACAGGACCACUACGAGUACGACAACAGCACCACUCCUUUCUGCAACGAUCUGAUGAGAGAGCUUGAGUCGAACCCUGCAACAAGGAUCGUGUGGAACUCUGUGAAGCCCAUGCUGAUGGGACAGAUCCUCUAUGCCCCUGACUCACCGGCCGUCAGGCAGAUCAUACGAAAUGCAAACACAACAUUUGAAGAGCUGGAGCGGCUGAGGACGAUGGGGAAGGCCUGGGAGGAAGUGGCUCCUCAGAUUUGGUCUUUUUUCCAAGAUGGAGUCCAAGUCAAGAUGAUCCGGGACACCAUCCGCAAUCCCUCAGUGAUGGACUUCAUCGACCGGACUCUGAAAGAAGCUCCCUUCUCCUCCAAACACAUCCUCAACUUCCUGCACAACGGCCCACCAGAGGAGCGUCCUCUCGACGUUCCUGAUUUUGACUGGAGAGACAUUUUCAACCUCACAGGCCGAGUCGUCCGGAUGCUCAACCAGUACGGAGAUUGUGUGAACCUGGAUAAGUUUGUGGCUCUGCCCGACGAGGACACCGUCACUUUUCGGGCCUUGGACCUGCUGAAGGACUCAAAGUUCUGGGCCGGCCUGGUUUUUGUUAAUAUGUACCCCUGGACCAUGAAAGUCCCGCCUCAUGUUAGGUUCAAGAUCCGGAUGGACAUCGAUGCUGUGGAGCGGACCAAUAAGGUCAAAGACAGGUACUGGGACCCCGGCCCCCGAGCCGACCCCAUGGACGACCUGCGGUAUGUCUGGGGAGGUUUUGCGUACCUUCAGGACAUCAUUGAGCAUGGCAUCAUCAAGACCCAGACCGGGAGGGAGUGGCCUCUGGGGGUUUACCUGCAGCAGAUGCCCUACCCCUGCUAUGUGGAUGAUCUCUUCAUGCUGACGCUGAACCGCUGUUUCCCCGUCUUCAUGGUGCUGGCCUGGGUCUACUCCGUGUCCAUGAUAGUGAAAAGUAUCGUCCUGGAGAAGGAGCUCCGCCUGAAGGAGACCAUGAAGGCCAUCGGGGUCACUAACGGUGUCAUCUGGUCCACCUGGUUUAUCGACAGCUUCCUGAUGAUGGGCACCAGCACCGCCCUCCUCACCGCCAUCAUCAUGGGAGGAAGGGUCCUGAACUACAGCAACCCCGUCAUCCUCUUCCUCUUCCUGCUCACCUUCACUACAGCUACCAUCAUGCAAUGCUUCCUCCUCAGCGUCUUCUUCAACCAGGCCAACCUGGCGGCGGCCUGCUGCGGCAUCGUUUACUUCGCCCUCUACCUGCCGCACAUCUUCUGCUUCGCCUGGCAGGAGCACAUCACCAAGGACAUGAAGAUCCUGGUGAGUCUUCUGUCUCAGGUGGCUUUUGGCUUCGGGACGGAGUACCUGUCCAGGUACGAGGAGCAGGGUCUGGGUCUGCAGUGGGACAACAUCGAGACGAGUCCUCUGGAGGGGGACGAGUUCUCCUUCCUCACCUCCAUCUGCAUGAUGGGCCUGGACACGAUGCUGUACGCCGUGCUCGCCUGGUACCUGGACAACGUCUUCCCUGGUCAGUAUGGAAUCAGCCGGCCGUUUUAUUUCCCGUUCCUCCCCUGUUAUUGGCUCAACAGUGUGGCUCCCGCUUCAGAUAAAAACGGCUUUUCUAACCUGAAGAACAAGGAGCAGCAGAAAAAAGAGAAGGAGGAGGACCAAAUUCAAGACCAGGAGAAAGUCCAGGAGAAGAAACGAGAAGGGACGAAAGACCAGGAGGAAAACCAUGAGCAGGAGAGAAAUCACCAAGAGAGGCCAAGGACGGCAGAAAAAGAGCAGGAGAGACCUCAGACUCUGGACAAGGAGCAGGAGAGACCUCAGACUCUGGACAAGGAGCAGGAGAGACCUCAGACUCUGGACAAAGAUCAGGAUCAGGAGAGACCUCAGACUGUGGAUAAGGAUCAGGAUCAGGAGAGACCUCAGACUGUGGACAAGGAGCAGGAGAGACCUCAGACUGUGGAUAAGGAUCAGGAUCAGGAGAGACCUCAGACUGUGGACAAGGAGCAGGAGAGACCUCAGACUCUGGACAAGGAUCAGGAGAGACCUCAGAUUCUGGACAAGGAUCAGGAGAGACCUCAGAUUCUUGACAAGGAUCAGGAGAGACCUCAGAUUCUGGACAAGGAUCAGGAGAGACCUCAGACUGUGGACAAGGAUCAGGAGAGACCUCAGACUGUGGACAAGGAUCAGGAGAGACCUCAGACUGUGGACAAGGAGCAGGAGAGACGGCGGAUUCUGGAGAAGAAGGCAUCAUGUGAACACCAGGCUCAGCGUGAGAGGAUGGAGAGACAGAUACAGGGCGAGGAGGAGGAGGAGGAGGAGGAGGAGAAAGACGGGUUCCUCAUAUCUUUGCUGUUUUCAGGUCAUCAGUUCUUCGAAGCAGAGCCAGCCGAUCUGGUGAAAGGUGUUUGUAUCCAGGAUCUGGUCAAAGUGUUCAGCGGCAGCUCCACACCGGCGGUGGAUGGACUCACCAUCAGCUUCUAUGAGAGUCAGAUUACUGCUUUCCUGGGCCACAACGGAGCCGGGAAAACCACCACCAUGUCCAUCCUGACAGGUAUGUUCCCUCCCACCUCUGGAACAGCCAACAUCUACGGAAAUGACAUCCGCACAGACAUGGACGCCGUGCGUCAGUCUCUGGGGAUGUGUCCCCAACACAACAUCCUUUUUCACCAUAUGACUGUGGCGGAGCACAUCCUCUUCUACUCGCUGCUGAAAGGCCGUGCGCUGGCGGAGGCCCAGGAGGAGGUGGAGAACAUGCUGCAGGAUCUGGGUCUGCCUCACAAGAGAGACGAGCUGACGCAGAACCUCUCAGGGGGCAUGCAGAGGAAGUUGUCCGUAGCCUUGGCGUUUGUAGGAGGAGCUAAGGUGGUGAUUCUGGAUGAGCCCACCUCAGGUGUGGACCCCUACUCCAGACGCUCCAUCUGGGACCUGCUGCUGAAAUACCGUGCAGGACGUACAGUGAUCAUGUCGACCCACCACAUGGACGAGGCCAACCUGCUGAGCGACCGCGUGGCCAUCAUCUCUCAGGGUCGUCUUCACUGCUGCGGCUCGCCCAUCUUCCUCAAAAAACGCUUCGGAGCCGGAUUCUACCUGACUCUGGUGCGACGGGUGAAACCUGAAGCUCGGAAGGUGAGCUGUGACUGUACGAAGGACUGCUCCUGUAAGUGUUCCAAGUGUUCAAAGUUUAAAGCAGACCAGGAGAAGAAGCUGGACCGGCAGCUGGAGGGUAACAUCGAGACCAUAACAACCCUGAUCAAUCAUCACGUGCCGCAGGCUCGUCUCAUCGAGGCCAUCGGUCAGGAGCUGACCUACCUGCUGCCUAACAGGAACUUCCAGCCCCGAGCGUACGCCAGUCUGUUCAGGGAGCUGGAGGAGACGCUGGUGGACAUUGGCCUCAGCAGCUUCGGCGUGUCCGACACGUCGCUGGAGGAGAUCUUCUUAAAGGUCACUGCUGAUGGGAACGCAACCAACAGGAAAUGUAUACAAGAGAAGAAAUCAUUGCAGCACAUCUUUGGCACGUUGCUCUGUGGAUUCAACAGAGUGGCUAUUAAUCUGGAACCUGAGAAAGAUGGGGUUUUGCAAGCCAAUGGUCAGGGUCUAUGUGAUGUCCCAGGAGGUUCUGAUGGCAGGGGAUCGUACCAGGUCAGAGGUCUUCAGCUGACAAUCAAACAGUUCCUCGCUCUGCUGAUAAAGAGGCUGCAACACGCCACACGCUCCUUUAAGGACUUCCUCGCCCAGAUCGUGCUGCCGGCCAGUUUUGUCUUCUUGGCACUCACCUUCACUCUGAUUGUUCCACCGUUCGGGGAGUAUCCGAGUCUGACUCUCAGUCCGUGGAUGUACGGGAGACAGUACACCUUCUUCAGUAAUGAGCGUCCGUUGGAUGCUCAGAUGAGAUAUUUUGGGGAAGUGUUGUUGGACAAACCCGGUUUUGGGACUCGCUGCAUGGCCGAAGAACCUCUGGAAGAUUUCCCGUGUAACAACAUUACCACAGAGUGGGAGAUGGGCCUGGUUAACCCGGUCCUGAUCAACAUGCUGGCCGGUCCCGAGUGGGACGCCCUCAGACCGUCUCCAGACUGUCAAUGCAGCACACCCAGGAAACUCACGAUGUUGCCUGUGUGUCCUGAGGGGGCGGGAGGUCUGCCACCUCCGCAGAGGAUCCAGUCUACAGGAGAUGUUCUCAUGGACCUCACAGGCAGGAACAUCUCGGAUUACCUUGUGAAGACUUACCCCAGCCUCAUCAGAACCAGCUUGAAGAGCAAAUAUUGGGUGAACGAACAAAGGUAUGGAGGUAUAUCAGUGGGAGGACAGCUUCCCGUUUUAGAUCUGCAGCCGAAGACCAUCCAGGAUGUGGCAGCACAGCUGGGACGACUGCUCAACGUUACCGGGGGCAAAUACUCCAAACAAACUCUAAAGGACAUCGGGAUGUUUCUGAAAUAUAUGGAGACCCAGAACAAUGUCAAGGUGUGGUACAACAAUAAAGGCUGGCAUGCCAUGGUUAGCUUCAUGAAUGUGGCGAACAACGCCAUCCUGCGUGCUAACCUGCCCAAAGAUGCUAACCUGGACAAAUACGGAAUCACUGCCAUCAACCAUCCUCUGAACCUGACCAAAGAGCAGCUCUCUGAGAUCACCGUCCUCACCACCUCAGUGGACGCCGUGGUGGCCAUCUGCGUCAUCUUCGCCAUGUCCUUCGUUCCAGCCAGCUUCGUCCUCUAUUUAAUCCAGGAAAGGGUGACCCAGGCCAAACACCUCCAGUUUGUCAGUGGCGUCAGUCCGUUGGUGUACUGGAUGGCCAACUUUCUCUGGGACAUGCUGAAUUACUCCAUGAGUGCAGUGAUGGUUGUUGAAAUCUUCAUCUUUUUUAAUAAAAAGUGCUACACCUCACGCAACAACCUGCAAGCACUUAUCGCCCUGCUUAUGCUGUAUGGCUGGUCUGUGACCCCCAUGAUGUACCCCAUGUCCUUCGUGUUCAGUGUUCCCAGCACAGCCUACGUCUCUCUGUCCUGUAUCAACCUCUUCAUCGGCAUCAACAGCAGCGCCAUCACCUUCAUCCUCGACCUGUUCAAGGGCACCACAGCUCUGUACAAGCUCAACCAGCUGUUAAAGACCGUGCUGCUCGUCUUCCCUCAUUACUGCCUGGGAAGAGGGCUCAUAGACAUGGCCAUGAACCAGGCUAUGACGGAUGUCUUUGCUCGCUUCGGUGAGGACUACAGUCCGGACCCAUUUGACUGGGACUUUAUUGGGAAAAACCUUUUCUGCAUGGCUGUGGAGGGAUUCGUCUACUUCAUCCUGAAUCUUCUCCUCCAGUAUCGCUUCUUCCUCGAUCACUGGAUCUCCGAGGGCCCAAAGCCUUUCAUUCUAAACGAAGAUUUAGACGUGGCUCUGGAAAGACAGCGGAUCUACGAGAGUGAAAAAACCAAUGAUAUUUUACACAUCAAGGACCUAACCAAAACGUACCCAGGAAUGAUGAUCCCUGCAGUGGACCGGAUAUGUGUGGGAGUCUCAGCUGGGGAGUGUUUUGGUCUGCUGGGGGUGAAUGGAGCAGGAAAGACCACAACAUUUAAGAUGCUGACCGGAGACAUAGACGUCACAUCAGGAGAGGCGUCAGUGGCCGGGCACAGCAUUUUGACGAGCAUCCUGGACGUCCACCAGAACAUGGGCUACUGUCCUCAGUUCGACGCCAUCGAUGAGCUGCUGACAGGAAGAGAACAUCUACACCUCUACGCCCGACUCCGAGGAGUCCCAGAGUACGAGAUCAGCAGGGUUGCAGAGUGGGCGAUCCAGAAGCUGGGUCUGUCUGAAUACGCAGAUCAAAGCGCCGGGACGUACAGUGGAGGAAACAAGAGGAAAUUGUCCACCGCCAUCGCCAUGAUCGGCUGCCCUGCUCUGGUGCUGCUGGAUGAGCCCACCACAGGUAUGGACCCCCUCUCCAGACGCUUCCUGUGGAACUCCAUCAUGAGCGUCAUUCAGGACAGACGAGCGGUGGUCCUCACCUCACACAGCAUGGAGGAAUGUGAGGCGCUGUGUACUCGCUUAGCCAUCAUGGUUAACGGAUCCUUCAAGUGUUUGGGAACGAUUCAGCACCUCAAAUACAAAUUUGGUGACGGCUACGUGGUGACCAUGAAGAUCAGGUCAGCCAAGCCCGGUUCCCCCCCUGACCUGAACCCUGCCGAGGCGUUCAUGGAGAGCACGUUCCCCGGCUGCAUCCAGAGAGAGAAACACUACAACACGCUGCAGUACAAGAUCUGCUCCUCCUCGCUGGCUAAGAUCUUUCAGAUGGUUCUGGCUAACAAAGAGCAGCUGAGGAUAGAGGACUACUCCGUGUCCCAGACCACUCUGGACCAGGUUUUUGUGAAUUUUGCCAAACAGCAGUCACGAGAAGACGACACCAUCGUGCUGCAUCCCAAAGCUGCAGGAGCUCAGCGAUUUGUUGAACACACACAAAACAAGUCUGCAGAGAACUGAAGUCACAGCAGAGAGCUUGACAGGAAGAGUUCAUGCGGUUUAAAGAAAGCAGCCUGAGGAUGUGUGCAUGCGUCUCAGGACUGAAUGUUAGUCGAGACGGUCUGCAGAAGAUCUUUGUAUCAGGAUAUGUCGCCGGGUGCAGAGAAGCAGCUGGUGAAGAUGUGGGACACACAGGAUGAUGUGUUUGUGUUCUCCUCUACAGACGUCUUCUUCAUUCCCCAGGUUGCUUUGCCUUUGAAUGCCGCCACUUAAAUGACAGACAGCAUGUCAAAGCUGCAAAUGUUCCCCUCCGCUCUGCUUCUUCAGUACAAAGUGUCAGGAGCUUUUAAUUUGAAAAGUGUGAAGCUUUGAUGUGCCUGCUUUGUGUUGUAUGUGUCGCUCACCUUGUAGGCCUUAAAGAUGAAACUGAGCUUUGAUUGAUAUCAGAAAGGUUCUCUAUGAGUCAUAACCCGGGCUGGAUGGUAAAGAAACAAUAGCUCCUGUGUAUGUUUGCUUCCCAUGCCGAGCAGCGUACUUUUGAUUGCCUUCUUUAGAUACUUGAAGAGAAACGUAGUCUUAGCACUUUAUUGAUGCAGCUUUCAUUUAAGCAUCACAGUUUUACAAAGAUCUGCAAAAUAAAUCUGCCAGUGCAAUACAGCUCAUCAAUGUUACAAAAUCCUGUUGCUGCUGCUGUCUCAGAUAUUUUCAUGCCAACGUUUUGUUCGGCCUUUUUAUCAUUUUCAUGUGACUUAACAUUUCACCACCAGCUGGUGUCUAAAAGAGCGGGACACACGCGUGAUGAUUCAGAGAUGAGCGUCAUGUCUAAUAAAGUCACUCUUUGUCCUAAA